UCCCAGUGGCAUUACACGCGUUUAGUCGUAACUCUAAUAAACGCAACGAUGUCGGGAGGAUUAGAUAUAUUGGCCCUCAACGAGGAGGAUGUCACCAAGAUGUUGGCUGCCACCACCCACCUUGGGGCAGACAAUGUACACUUCCAGAUGGAAACAUACGUGUACAAGCGCCGUGCUGAUGGUACCCACGUUAUCAACCUGCGGCGCACCUGGGAGAAGCUGGUGCUGGCUGCUCGCGCCGUCGUCGCCAUUGAGAACCCCGCUGACGUGUUCGUCAUCUCUUCCCGUCCCUUCGGACAGCGCGCUGUGCUGAAGUUUGCGGCACACACUGGCGCCACCCCUAUUGCUGGACGUUUCACCCCUGGUGCUUUCACCAAUCAGAUCCAAGCCGCUUUCCGUGAGCCCCGUCUCCUGAUCGUGCUGGAUCCCGCCCAGGACCACCAGCCCAUCACUGAGGCUUCCUAUGUCAACAUUCCGGUCAUUGCUUUCUGCAACACUGACUCUCCUCUCCGAUUUGUUGACAUUGCUAUCCCAUGCAACACCAAGUCGUCCCACUCCAUUGGUCUGAUGUGGUGGCUGCUUGCGCGCGAGGUGCUCCGCCUCCGCGGCGUGCUGGCCCGUGACCAGCGCUGGGAUGUCGUGGUGGAUCUCUUCUUCUACAGGGACCCUGAAGAGACUGACAAGGAGGAGCAACAGGCUAAGGAACAGGCUGUUGUGGCCGCCAAGCCCGAGGUGCCGGCGCCGGCGCACGAGGACUGGGCGGAGACCGUGGAGCCGGUGACGUCGUGGGCUGACGACGCCGCUCCCGCCGCUGCCGCUGCCGCCGCGCCUGCCUUCGGCGCUGCGCCCGCGCAGGAGGACUGGGCUGCUCAGGUACAAGACGAGUGGGCCGCGCCCGCGGCGGUGGCGCCUGCGCCGGCGCCGGCACCCGCGGCCGCGCCGUCGUGGGGCGGCUCCGGCCAGGACUGGACCGCGUCCUAAACGGUUCAUCGGCUAAAUAAACUCACUCAAACAUA